UCCGUGAUCGUGAGUUAAAAAAAAAAAAAAUCCAGCUACAUCGAAAACGAUAUAGUUUUUCUCUCGACCAGGUCGUCUGUAUUUUGGAUUCUUCAUUGCGAACUCAUUUUGACGACCAAUUCAUAUCCACGCCAACCGAACGAAUAGCCACCAUGUCGAUAUUCAAGUAUUCUUAUUACGAUACUCCGGACGGCCACGACCUCGUUAAAAAACUAUUCUACACCAAUAAAAAAGUGUCCAUCAUUGGGUUCGGGCUGGCGUCAACAGAAAUCAUCUUGGUCAGCAAACCUUUUGGAUAUCUGAACACCGUAUACAGAUAUGGCCAGUUGAUGGGACCGAUGUUCGCCGCCACAACGACAUUCUGUAUAGUGACACACGUCGCCACCAACUUACGUGGAAAAGAUGACAUGCUGAACUAUGCCAUUGGUGGUUUUUCCACCGGCAUACUGACGGGUUUACUGGUAAAACAAAAAUUCCUUGGUUUUUGGAUGGCAGUCUCGAUGGCGUGCAUCGGUGCAGCCAAGAAGCACUCCAAGCUUAACAAUUAUGAAUUCUAUCCCACUUUGCCCAAUCACCGUAAACCAAUAUACGGAGAUUUUAGAACACCAUACAAUAAUUGGACUGUAUUUGAACCUCGAGAAAAAGGAUGGGUAGCUGCUGAAGAACGAAAGGAAUAAAUAAAAGUUAACCAACAACAGUUCAUAAUAAUGCAAUAAGUAUGUGAGUUUACAAUUUAAGUAGUUAUGAAACAUCAUUUAUAAUAUGUUUUGUUUGUUACAUAGUGUUUGAUUUGAAUUACAAAUACAUAUUAAUGAAACAUAA